CGAUACGUAUGAAGUAUGAGCUAUGAAUCAUAAAAAUUUCGAUGAUAAUAUAAAUCUUCCAGAUACUAUACCGGUGUUCAUUGAUCAUAUAAUAUCGUACGUUGUAUCUGUACCACAAAGGUUACUUGACCUCCAUAGUCGAUAUUGUUCAAAAAUGCACCAUUUCCCAUAAAUUUUUAUUUGCUACUGGUCCGUCACUUACUGGCACGACGCUUAUAUAUCUGUACCUCUUCCUGACAAGUGACAUCAGCGAUGCUUUCAGAUAAAUAUUUAGCGAUGAUAACGUACCUAUCAGUUUAUUUUAAUUGAAUACCUUUACUCGGUGACCGGAAGGGUCAAAGAAGCGACAACAUGCCUGACCAUGAUAAUCCCGGCUUCGUGGCGGAUGAUGCCAUUCCUCCACACACUGAUCUUGAAUCGCACAAAAGGGAGCGUCCACCAGCGAGUCGAACAGCCAGUGGAGAAUCCGCGCGUGUCCGCAUCUCUGACACUUUGCAGCAUACGUACACGCGAUCAGAAUCCUACGAAAUGGAGUCCUACCCGGGUGACACUCACACUAAUUGUAAGCCGCACAGCCGGAUGUCCCAGUCCACUGUAGCAGCCAAUGCUGCGGAGGAGUGCGUGGUCAGUGAAGUGGCGAAGGAUCCGUGGGACAUACCUGAACUGAAAGACAAUGGCCCAUUAUGGUCAGAGCUUUCCGGUUCACAAAAGGUUGUACAUGUCAUAGCAGGAUUUGCGAAAAUAAUUGGUGUACUCGUUCUUCUGUACAUUUUCAUCAUCUCCCUUGAUCUGCUCAGUUCGUCUUUUCGUCUCAUUGGAGGUCGAGUGGCCGGUCGCACAUUCCAGGAGAGCAAACUGUUAUCCAAUCCGGUGGUCGGUCUCAUGAUCGGUGUCCUGGUCACGGUGGUGGUGCAGAGCUCAUCCACCAGCACGUCCAUCACGAUCGCCAUGGUGGCAUCCGGUAUGCUCGAUGUCCAGCGGGCAGUCUUCAUUAUUAUGGGCGCAAAUGUCGGAACCACCAUUACAAAUACGCUUGUCUCCUUGGCACAAUCUGCGGAUCGAGAUCAGUUUCGGCGGGCGUUCGCCGGCGCGACAAUUCACGAUAUGUUCAACUGGUUAACCGUCGCCGUACUGCUGCCCUUGGAAGCAGCAACAGGCUAUCUUGUCCACUUGACUGGCGCGAUUCUCUACAGCUGGGAUCCACAGCGCAACGCUGGGAAUAAUGUUGAACUAUUAACCGCCAUCACCAAGCCUCUGACCCAUUUAUUUAUUCAAUUGAACAGCAAGGUGAUCGAGGAUAUUGCAAAAAACGAUCCCAAUGCCUUCAACAAAAGCAUGAUUAAGGAGACAUGCAGUACAAGAGCCAAUCCGAAUCAGACAUGUAAUUUCUUGUUCUACAAUACCGGAAUGGGGGAAGUGAACACCGGCAUUAUUCUCCUGAUCAUCUCACUGGCGUUUCUCUGUGUUUCCCUCAUUGGAAUUGUUAAGAUACUCAACUCAGUUCUCAGAGGCACCAUGGCGAAGGCACUCCGAAAAGCCCUAAACACCGAUUUCCCUGGUCGUUUGGCAUUCCUGACGGGAUACGUGGCUAUGCUGAUUGGGGCGGGCGUGACCUUUCUCAUUCAGUCCAGUUCGGUCUUCACCAGCGCUCUGACACCGCUUGUGGGACUGGGCGUGGUAUCCAUUGAUCGGAUGUAUCCUCUGACGCUAGGAUCGAAUAUCGGAACUACGGGGACUGGACUGCUGGCCGCUAUGGCGUCGGAACCCAGUUCCCUUAAACCGGCGCUACAAGUAGCACUGUGCCACUUGUUCUUCAAUGUAACUGGUAUACUUAUCUGGUAUCCGGUUCCCUUCAUGCGCAGCUUGCCGGUGGAACUGUCCAAAAUGCUGGGCAAUGUUACGGCGCAUUAUCGAUGGUUCGCCAUUAUGUACAUUAUCCUUGUCUUUCUUAUAAUUCCCGCUGCUAUUAUUGGUUUAACAUUGGGUGGUCCAGAAGUUCUAAUGGGAGUAGGAAUACCUUUAGUGACCUUGCUGGCCUUUAUAAUUCUUGUCAACGUACUCCAAAAGAAAUAUCCCAGUGUUUUACCAAGAAAACUGCGUACAUGGAAUUUCUUGCCGCACUGGAUGCACAGCUUGGAACCGUAUGAUACUUGCGUGAAAAGUUUAUUUAGAUGUCGAAUCUGUUGCGGAUCUCCAAAAAUCGACGCUUAUGGUGAUGAUAACACCAAGGCUGCGUGAUUACUUGAACGGUCGCCGUUAUGUACAUAUUUCUGUAACUCUUGGUCAUUGUCUAGAACAGUAAUGUUUUUGUUUCGAACCUUUCGUGCUGAAAGAUUUGACAUUUUGGUAAAGUCAAAAACACAUACAUAAAAACACGAAAAUAAUUGUAAACCGAUUGUUCUCUGCGCCAAGAACUGCACCGGCAUCGCGCCCUUUAGCGAAUGUCUGCCGUUUUGCAAGAUUU